UAUUGUUCUAGUUAUUAUUUAGAUACAAAGAUUAUUCAUAUUCGAAUAUUGGAAACGAAGAUGUCUAGCUCCCGGUCUAGGUCUAAAACGUCCCAGUCCGGGUCUUCUCAAUCGAACUCCACGUCUAGAUGCGGAACACCCGUUGAUGGAGCCCCAAAUGUCGGUGUUGAAUUUACUAGCAGUGGUAAACAAACACCCCCACGAAUGAAGGCUCCGUCGUCCAUGAUCCUGAAAAUUGUGGAUGCCAUCAACACCAUCAAGGAUGAAAAGGGAACAUCUGCUCAGGCAAUUCGAAAAUAUAUUGCCACUACCAGCAUGGCAAAUGUUCCUCCACAACUGCUGAAAGGACAAAUUAGGUCAGCUCUCGGGAAAGGUCUGAAACACGGAAUUUUGAUUCGACCUAAAGGUACAAAAACCACUGGUGUCACUGGUCGAUACCGUCUUGGUUUUUGGGUUAAAGAAAAGGAACCUCAUUGUGGUCCACGUAGACAAGGCAGUAAAGGUAAAAAAGGUGGUAAAGGUAAAAAAGGUGGACAAGGUGGUAAAGGUAAAAAUGGUGGACGAGGUAGUAAAGGUAAAAAAGGUGGACGAGGUAGUAAAGGUGGAAAAGGUGCGCGUCGAAGAAGUAGAUCUAGCAGCCGAAAAGGAAAAGGACGUAGCAGAUCUCGGUCUGGAAAAGGAUCCCGACCUAGAUCUCCAUCACGACGUAGUCAUUCUAAACGUGGUUCUUCGAAAUUUAGCCGAUCAAAAGGUAGUCGAUCAAAACGACACACCAAGUCUAGAAGAAGCCAAUCCCGACGUGCACCAAAAGGUAAAUCGCAGGCAUCUAAAUCUAGAAGCCGGUCUGCACGUCGCCCAUCAAAACGUGCACCAAAAGGUAGAUCGCGGAGUAAAUCACUAGGAUCAAAAUCUAGAAGCCGGUCCAGACGUCGUAGUUCAUCGAAGCGUGCAGCGAGCAGUGGGGCACCAAAAGGUGCAUCGAGAAGUGGAUCACGACGUCGAAAACGAAAGCCAAGUUCAUCAAAACGUGCAGCGAGCAGUGGAGCACCAAAAGGUGCAUCGAGAAGUGGAUCACGGCGUCGAAAAGGAAAGCGUAGUUCAUCGAAAGGUGCAGCGAGCAGUGGAGCACCAAAAGGUGCAUCGAGAAGUGGAUCGCGACGUCAAAAACGAAAGCCAAGUUCAUCAAAACGUGCAGCGAGCAGUGGAGCAUCGAGAAGUGGAUCACGGCGUCGAAAAGGAAAGCGUACUUCAUCGAAAGGUGCGAGCAGUGGAGCACCAAAAGGUGCAUCGAGAAGUGGAUCACGACGUCGAAAAGGAAAGCGUGGUUCAUCGAAAGGUGAGGCGAGUAGUGGAGCACCAAAAGGUGCAUCGAGAAGUGGAUCGCGACGUCGAAAACGAAAGCCAAGUUCAUCAAAACGUGCAGCGAGCAGUGGAGCACCAAAAGGUGCAUCGAGAAGUGUAUCACGGCGUCGAAAAGGAAAGCGUAGUUCAUCGAAAGGUGCAGCGAGCAGUGGAGCACCAAAAGGUGCAUCGAGAAGUGGAUUGCGACGUAGAAAACGAAAGCCAAGUUCAUCAAAACGUGCAGCGAGCAGUGGAGCAUCGAGAAGUGGAUCACGGCGUCGAAAAGGAAAGCGUACUUCAUCGAAAGGUGCGAGCAGUGGAGCACCAAAAGGUGCAUCGAGAAGUGGAUCACGGCGUCGAAAAGGAAAGCGUAGUUCAUCAAAAGGUUCCACAAGCAUUGGAGCACAAAAACAUGCAUCGAGAAGUGGAUCGCGACGUCGAAAACGAAAGCCUAGUUCAUCGAAAGGUGCGGCGAGCAGUGAAGUAUCAAAAGGUGCAUCGGGAAGUGGAUCUCAACGUCCAAAACAAAAGCGUACUUCAUCGAAAGGUGCAUCGAGAAGUGGAUCACGACGUCCAAAACGAAAGCGCACUUCAUCGAAAGGUGCAUCGAGAAGUGGAUCACGACGUCCAAAACGAAAGCGUACUUCAUUGAAAGGUGUGGCGAGCAGUGGAGCACCAAAAGGUGCAUCGAGAAGUGGAUCACGACGUCGAAAAGGAAAGCGUAGUUCGUCAAAAGGUGCAGCAAGAAGUGGAGCAUCAAAAGGUGCAUCAAGAAGUCGAUCGCGACUUCGAAAGCAAAAGCGUAGUUCAUCAAAAGGUGCAUCGAGAAGUCGAUCGAGAAGUCGAAAACCACGAUCAACACGCGACAAAAAAGCAGUUCAACCAAAGCGUCCAUCCAAAGCACUCAAAGAUGAUGAAGCAGUUCAACCAAAGCGUCGACGACGUUCAUUGUCUAAGGGAUCCAAAAAAUCUAAGGGAUCCAAAACAUCCAAGGGAUCCAAAACAUCCAAGGGAUCCAAAAAAUCCAAGGGAUCCAAAAAAUCCAAGGCAUCCAAAAAACCCAAGGCAUCCAAGCAAUCCAAAGAAUCCAAACAAACAAAGAAAUUACUUUGCAAGUGCGAGUGCAAAAGCGAGGAGGAAGAGGGUAAGAAAGGCGAGGAAGAGGGUAAGAAAGGCGAGGAAGAGGGUAAGAAAGGCGGGGAAGAGGAAGAGGUCAAGAAAGGCGAGGAAGAGGUCAAGAAAAGCAAGGAAGAGGUCAAGAAAAGCGAGGAAGAGGCCAACAAAAAAAAUGAAAGCAAAUCGUGGCUAAGAAAAUAAAUAUCAAAUCACUAACUAUUCAACCGGCCCUUUUCAGGGCCACCAAACCACUUGAAUGAGGUUUUAUUGUCUCCUUUUACAUCAAUUCGUCUUGUAUCACAAAAACAAAACAAAAAACAACAAAAAAGAAAAGAAAAGAAUAACGGGAUGAAGGAGGGGAAAUUUGCUACUUUUUAUUAUUAUUAACAAGGUAAUUUGUGUAUGUGUUACAGUAAGAUUGUUAAACUAGGGAUUUCGUGAAACCCUGAAGAUUUCAGUAAUUUAAUGAAAACCCUGUGUUGGUCAGGGGUUUCAUGUAAUCAAUAAACUAUUCAGGGAUUCCAUGAAGUCCCUGAACUGAGUUGCCAGGAAUUUCAUUAAUUUACUGGUGAGUUGCUGUUGUAGAGUUAAUAGUGUAGUGACUGUUAAUCCAGGCUAUCUGUGAAGUAAUUCAUGUUGCAUGUUUUGAUCAUUAAUCUUGUCUAUUGUCUAUUGCAUCAUAUAGGCUGUCUAUAAUGCCAACCAAUAGAAGUACUAUUGCAACAUACAGGUCAUGUCUAUAAUGCCAACCAACAGAAGUAAUAUUGCAUCAUAUAGGCUGUCUAUAAUGCCAACCUAUCGAAGUAAUAUUGCAUCAUAUAGGCCAUGUCUAUAAUGCCAACCUAUAGAAGUAAUAUUGCAUCAUACAGGCCAUGUCUAUAAUGCCAACCAAUAGAAGUAAUAAUGCAUCAUAUAGGCCAUGUCUAUAAUGCCAACCUGUAGAAGUAAUAUUGCAUCUUACAGGCCAUGUCUAUAAUGCCAACCAAAAGAAGUAAUAUUGCAUCGUACAGGCCAUGUCUA